CCCCUCCCGCACCGCUACGGCCGCGUCAAAGUAGAGCUGCGCGGGCCGGUAGAGGCGCGUGCCGGCCGCUGGAGGUCGGAUCGCGGGCUGCCUCCGCCACGCACGUGCGGCAGCUGCAGUGCUCUGAGCAUCCGCCCCGCCGCUUUGUUGCCUGUGGGCCGCCGGCACCAUGCACACGCCGGGCUCCGUGGGUUCCGGCGAGGAGCGCGCGGUUGACAUCGUGGACCUAUGUGAGUCCAUCCUGGAGAGGAAGUGGCAGGACAGCGAAAGGUCCACCUGCAGCGUCUUAGAACAGAACGACAUCGAAGCUGUCGAGGCUCUCGUCUGCAUGAGCUCCUGGGGGCACAGGUCCCAGAAGGGUGACCCGUUAAAGAUAAGGCCCCUCACACCUGUGUCUGACUCUGGGGAUGUCAGCUCUUCCGUGCAUGUAGACGAAGGUACACCUGAGCUGCUGAAGGACUUCCAUUCUCUAUCCACGCUGUGCAUGACUCCUCCUCAUAGCCCUGAUCUCAUGGAUCCAUCGACGGGGACAGUGGUUCCUUCCCAAGUCACCGAUCCCAAGGCACACGUGGUCAUGGCCACCCCCGCAGCCUGUGCUGGGGCAGCCCGCUUGCAGGGCAGGAGGGAGGAGAGGAGCCUGCCUGGUGUGAAGUCAGAGCUGGGGGAGCCGGCCCUCGUCACCCGCUGCAGGGCUGUGGUGACCACAGCGCCCCCUGCUGCCGCCCACGUUCCUACCACCGAGACUCAAGCACGCCAGCUUUCCGACAACAGAGCAGGAGACGCAGGGCGUCUGGGACUUACCGGAGCAUUGCAGGGUGCCCACCUCAGAGACAGUUUACCCAGUGUGAGCUCAGGGUCCUGUCCGCCUUGCUUGAAUAAGUCUGGCGACCUCAUCUCCCCUGACAAAGGCCAGCAGGCAGGCUGGCCAGUUGCGGUUCAAACCUGCUCACCAAAGAUUCACGAAAAUGACUUGCCCGGGAAGGCCACCCCUCUGAUUUCCGUCCCCAUCCCCAGCACCCCCGUCCUUUGCCAGAUGAUCCCUGUGACCGGACAGAGUGGCAUGUUACCAGCGUUUUUGAAGCCGCCUCCCCAGGCACCCGCCGGGACCGUCGCACCCAUCCUGCCCCCCGCUGCUCCAGGGCCCCAGCCUGUGUUUGUGGGACCGUCCGUGCCCCCGGGAGCUGUGAUGCUGGUCCUGCCCCAGGGGGCGCUCCCCCAGCCUGCACCGGGCUCCCCGGCCGGGGUCCUGGCCGCUGGCAAUACCAGGUUGUUGCCUCUCGCCCCUGCCCCUGUGUUCAUCACCUCCGCCCACAGCUGCAUCCCUCAGGUAGACUUUUUCCGAAGGAGGAACUACGUUUGCAACUUUCCAGGCUGCCGGAAAACCUACUUCAAAAGUUCCCACCUCAAGGCUCAUCUCCGCACUCACACAGGAGAGAAGCCGUUCCGCUGCAGCUGGGACGGCUGUGACCGCAAGUUCGCACGCUCCGACGAGCUGUCGCGGCACCGCCGGACGCACACCGGGGAGAAGAAGUUCGCGUGUCCCGUGUGCGAUCGGCGCUUCAUGCGCAGCGACCACCUGACCAAGCACGCCCGGCGCCACAUGGCCACCAAGAAGACCCCCGGCUAGCGGGCGAGGCAGGCGGCGCGGGAGCCUGAACGGUCGGCCGGGGUCCCCGGGGGAAUCUCAGAGACUCUUUCCAGGAAAGGACCGGGGGUCUUCUCCCCCAAAAUCCUUGUCUGGGGGCCGGGGAGGAGCAGGGGCUGGUUCUGGCCGGAGCACGGCAGCCGCUCGCCUCCAGUUGGGGUCCCUCCCCGUCGCUUUUGUAGUUUAGACGGAAGGCAAUUCGACGGUCUGGCUCACCAGCAUUCCGACAAGCGUUUCGGCAAUAAAUUUCACAGCACCUGGGUUUUUACUGCCUUUCUAUUCGUGUUUUGUAGAAAUGAGACAGGGUAUAUAUAUAACUUUAUACUGUUUUCUAUGAAAAUAUUUAUAUUGUUGGUACUCCACCAAUUUCUAGACAGAUGAUUUUACAGUCUUCUCGUCCAUGUUUAGUAUCAUUUUUGUAACAGCCCUACUUUGUAGUGACCGUGGCACAUAAGCCAAAAAAAGAAACAUCUCAAGUUUGUAAUCAGACCUUUCAGAUUGCAGAUAAUUGUUUAAAUUGGCACUGGUGUGGGGUGGGGGGGCUUGGCAAUCGGCUCUUUGUACACUCCCAAGGGGUGUCCAGCGGCUACACUUUUGCGACUCUGGCCGAGGAACUCAAGUUUCGGUAGAACUCGCCGCCUGUGUCCGAGGUUCGACUUGAGAAGGAGGUGCCCAGGGGGCGACUCACAACCACUCGACAGGCAGCUCCCCCCCUACCCCCCCCCGGGAGCAGGCGCCUCUCUGGGGCUCAGAGUGUCUGUGCUCCGUGGAGACCACCGCCCCCCCGCCCCAUCCCCGCCUGCCGUUUCCUGUUUGUACCUCCAACACCAAAAAGUGGGGUGAGGUCAGCAUGCCAGCCUAGCUGCUCUGUCAGUUGUCACUGGCUUCUUGUCCUGUGGCCUCCUCCGUAGUGUGUUGUGGACGGAGCAGCGCCUCAGAGAAAGGGCAGCAGCCGCAUUGGCUGGGGGACGUCCCACCCAAGCACCGCGCUGCACUUUGCACACAGGUGUGGGGGAGGGGCUCCCACGUGCUGUGGACACGUCCCCGGUCUAGCGCUCCUGCUGGUCGAGACCAAACGCAAGGGAAUCAGAAACCAGUGUGCAGAACAGCACUCAGACGUAGGCAGCUGGAGUCUCCUGGCCGCCCUGUGCUGUCCGUCUCCCACUCGGGGUGUAAAGCUGCGUGAGCAUGUCUGUGUGCGUGCCGUUGCACUGGGGUGUUAAUUACACACAAUAACGGCGGUCGUCCUCACGUGCGUAACACAAGGCCUCGGAGUGUGUGGUUGCUGCUCGCCCUGAAUUUCAUUGUCUGAGUGGCGCUGGUGCAGAACGGAUGUGUUCAAAAUGAUUUUCAUGUUCACUUUCAUCUCCUGAUUAGAUUUAAAAAUGCCUUCUGUAAACAGACUUUUUUUUUGUUUAUUUGCCUUCUGUGUGUGUCCACUGAAAGAUGGGGGGGUCCAGAGACAGUUUUGUCUGGGGAUUCUGUCCCGAGGACGGAGCCCUGCGGCCCAUCCUGUGCCGAUGCCCUGGGGUGGGGGUGGGGGCUCCCCCAUGCACUUUACUUCCCGAGCAGUCUUGCUCCAUCCUUGUUGACUUCAAGCCUGUCAGAUGGUUUCAGUGAUAAGAUGCAAACUGUUUUGGAAUCAUGUUUUCUGUAACAGACUUGGACUUCUUGUCCAGAUGGAUGUGUGUGAUGUAACUUUUUUCUUUGAAUCGCAUAAAACGUUCCUGAUCUGCAAACCGGA